CCCAUUAGUCAUAACUGCAAUGCAAUUUACACGUACGUAAGGAACCUGCAUUUGUCCCUCACUGCCUUCAAUUCUCCCUGUCUUUACAUAUAUUUAUAUGUAUAAACCAUACAUGUCAGAAAGAUAGAAUUUUGGAGAUGGAAAGGCCACCGGAGUUGGGAGGAGGAUGGGGAAAGAGGGUGGUGGUGAUAGGCGGAGGAGUAGCCGGCUCCUUCAUUGCCAAGUCUCUUCAGUUCCAUGGAGAUCUCACCCUCAUUGAUCCGAAGGAAUAUUUUGAGAUACCAUAUGCUAGCUUAAGAGGAAUGAUGGAGCCUUCAUUUGUAGAGAGAACUCUAAUCCACCACAAAGACUACCUCACCAAUGGUCGUCUGGUUGUGUCUAAAGCUGUUAACAUCACCAACUCUGAAGUCUUGACUGAAGAGGGUCGUUCGUUAUGCUACGAUUAUCUAGUUCUUGCCACUGGCCACAUUGAUUCUGCUCCAAAAACUAGAAAGGAGAGACUAGCAGAGUAUCAAGCAGAAAAUGAGAAGAUAAAAGAUGCCAAUUCCAUUUUGAUUGUUGGUGGUGGCCCUACUGGGGUUGAGCUAGCUGCAGAAAUCGCCGUUGAUUUUCCUGAUAAAAAGGUGACUUUGGUGCAUAGAGGUCCCAGAUUACUCGAGUUUAUUGGACCGAAAGCUGCUGACAAGACUUUAGACUGGUUGAGAUCGAAGAAUGUUGAGGUGAAGUUGAUGCAAUCGGUUGAAGUGAGCGUUAACUCGGGUCGAAGGGAUACUUAUAUUACUUCAUCUGGAGAAACUAUCAAAGCAGAUUGCAUCUUUCAGUGUAUGGGAAAACCGAUGGGAUCAGAUUGGUUAAAGGGAACUCUGAUGAAAGAUAGCAUGGAUAAUCUCGGAAGGUUGAAGGUUGAUGAGAAUCUUAGGGUCAAGGGGCACAAAAACAUCUUUGCCAUUGGAGACAUCACUGAUAUUAAGGAAAUAAAGCAAGGGUAUUUUGCUCAGAAACACGCUAAAAUUGCUGCAAAUAACUUGAAGUUAUUAAUGAAUGGAGGAAACGAAAGGAAGCUUGCAGCCUACAAGCCUCAUUCGCCCGUGGCCAUUGUUUCGCUGGGGAGGCACGAUGCAGUGGCUCAAUUUCCCUACACAACAGUCAUCGGGCUCAUUCCUGGAUUGAUCAAAUCCAAAGAUUUAUUUGUAAGCAAAACCCGGAAGAAAAUAGGCCUUGACCCUCGUGCUCUUCAUUCCUAGGAUGAAUGAAGAAGUACAAAGUCAAUUUCUGCUGGAGUUUUGCCUUUGUAUUGCUUAUUUUAUGUGUUAGUGGACCAAUGUUCAUUUAUUGUGUAUAACACGCAAUGUAUGAGCUGUAAUAUAUGAAUUUAAUACAUUUUCCCCCAUUGAUUGCCA